UGACUUUGCGAGCUGCUUCUCGGCUGUGGUGCUCGUGCGAGCAACUUUCUUCUUGAUAAGAGUCGUCGCCGCCGCCGCCGUACAGGACAAAGCGAAAGAAGCCAUGGCGAGACGACAGGUGGAGGUGGCGUUCGUGGCCAAGCCGGGGAUCGGGAACCUCGUCCCCGCCGUCGAGUUCGCCCGGCGCCUGGCCAACCACGACCCUCGUUUCCGCUCCACCGUCCUCGUCAUCACCGAUCCCCACCAGCCCAUCGUCAGCUCCUACGUCAACUCACUCUCCUCCUCCUCCGGCGGCGGCCUCCGCUUCGUCCACCUCCCUAUGGCCGACCUGCCUCGUCCGGGCGAGUACCAGUCUACCCUGGCUCACAUCUCUCUGCACAUCGCCAACCACGCGCCUCUCGUCAAGGAAGCUCUGCUCGAGCUCCGGUCAACGGGGGUCCGAGUCGCCGCCCUGUUCUUGGACAUGUUCACCGUGCCCAUGGCGGACGUGGCUAGCGAGCUCGGCAUCCCGCACUACCUCUUCUUCGCCUCCCCGGCGAGCUUUCUCGGGUUCACGCUGUACCUGCUGGACCCUGAAGCUAGGGAGGCGAUCGAGUCGGAGGACAUGACCAUCGACCUGCCCGUCCCGAGUUUCGUCAGCUCGCUCCCCAAGCGAGUCUUGCCCUCUUCCGUUCUCAACGGGGAGGAUGCGCUCGCCUGGUGGUUAGCCCAUGCGGGGAGGUACGGCGGGACCGAGGGGAUCGUCGUGAAUACUUUCGAGGAGCUCGAAGAGCAUGCGCUCCGGUCGCUCCGGGCGAGCGUGUCGUCUCCGGUUUAUCCGGUCGGACCGGCCAUAGACCUCGAUGGACCGGUCAAGUGGCACCCGCAAAGGGCCGAGCAAGAUGCCAUCGUGCAGUGGCUCGAUAAGCAGCCGCCUGCGUCGGUGGUGUUCCUGUGCUUCGGGAGCAUGGGGAGCCUCAGCACGCCUCAGGUGAAAGAGAUAGCGGACGGGCUCGAGCGGGCGGGGUUCCGGUUCCUAUGGUCGUUACGCGAGCCACCGAGGGGCAAAUUGGAAAAUCCGACUGACUAUGCGAAUGUCGAUCAAGCGUUGCCGGAAGGGUUCCUGGACCGGACGGCUGAGACCGGCUUGGUUUGCGGGUGGGUUCCGCAAGUAACCAUCCUGGCGCAUAAGGCUAUUGGUGGGUUCGUCUCGCACUGUGGGUGGAACUCCAUAUUAGAGAGCCUGUGGUAUGGCGUACCGACGGCCACAUGGCCCGUCUAUUCGGAGCAGCAGAUGAACGCGUUUCAGAUGGUGGCGGAGCUGGGAUUGGCGGUGGAGAUUAGGUUGGAUUACAGGGAGGGGAGCGCAUUGGUGUCGGCCGAGGAGUUGGCGAGAGGGCUGAGGCAUUUGAUGGACAGCGACGGCGAGGUGAGGAGCAAGGUGAAGGAGAUGAGGGAUAAGAGCCGGAUGGCCGUGACGGAACAUGGGUCAUCACAUGCAUCGAUGAGGCGUUUGGUUCAGGAACUGGUGGUUGGAUUGGAUUUGGAUGAUGAUCAAGAAACGAAGUUACCAAUCAUCUGAUGAAUCUCCGCCCGUUACCGACGAUUCAAAAUGCAUGUAUAGGUGCUCGUCAUUUUCGUCAUUUGUCGGUUCUCCAGAAUAUCACCGGCUUACUUAUGUUGCCACGAGAGCGAUGAUAAAUAAAAACAACUCAGGAUUAUGCAUGUCAAACCUUCUGUCACAGAAACAUUACUGUUCUUGAAAUGCUGGGCAAAACACUUGCCCAUGAAAAUGAAGAACAAAUCGCAUCGAAUGCUGAAUGCAAGGCAGGUUUCAUCGACCGUGUUCUGAGGAUGGAAUUGAGCCAAAACUUGAAUAUAUUACUGCAUAAGAUGAAGCCUUUGCAAGAUAUCCAUUUGACAUUGGCAGUCUACAAAUGCUCCAUCAGCCGUCCUCGACGACAACAUUGUAGACACAAAGUAAUCACACGAAGAAUGACAAAACCUACGUGUAUGUAUUGGAGUGCUCUUCAAUCAAUGAAAAAAUUUAGAAUACAGAAACAAAAGUAUACUCUGAUACACUAUUAUACAGCUAUGAUCGACAGAAUUCCAACACCGGUACUUCUCUUUCGAAAUCCCAGACGCCAGAGAGAAUCUGAAAUGAGAAAUCACCGAGCAUCUAACAUACACCCGGGUGGGAUUACUCAGUCACGAGCAAGCCCACUGGUCAAAAAAUCUCUAGCAGAUCGAAAUUCCCGGGCCCAUCGAACGGAGGGCGUGCUUCCAUUCCUCAUGUGAGAAAGCAUAGGCUCGUCACGUUGACACACAAAAACCAUGCAGCAGAGUGAAGAGGAACUUGCAAAAUCAUCUCUCUCAAGAUUGACUGACAUAUAGUACAGGGACGAGCCCAGCCAUUUUCCCAUCCCGUCCUGGGCGCUUUUUCUUGAC